CCGCAGUCACGCGUACCCCUUUUUUCUCGAGACUUUGUCAUUGAUACCAGUAUUUCGUCUUAAAAUUGGAAUCCGAAAUUUUUGAAGAAACAUAUCAAGCUGCUCAGCUGUCAUCCGCUUUGGUCAUGCGCAGUGUCAUAAAUUUGUUUGUUUUGUUGCUGCUGCUGCUGCUUCUUUUUCGCGCAAGUGAAGGAGCAUAUGUGUCCGAACUGGGAAAAUUGUACCCAUGCGUUGCCCCUUGUACAGACUACGGUAUCGUCAUAACUCCACAAGAUAAACCACACACAUUAUCAAUAUCUGUCUAUAAAUUCUCUCUGCGAAAAGACAGAGAAAUCAAGCCGACGGACAUCAAGAAGAUCAAAACUACCCCGAGCGAGGUUCCCAUAGACUAUGAUAAAGUCUUCAGCGGCAAUGUUUCCAUAGGAAUGUACAUCCUUCCUCUCGUGAAAGCAGCAGAAAAGGCUAUCCCACGUGACCAACACUUGACUUCGCCCAUUUUGUUUUCUGUAAACGAGAGACUUGUUGCCCAGAACCCCUUUGCAUGGUUCAAACAGAUUGGAGAAAUAAACCUUGUAUUUGCUAAUAAAACAGUGCCGUUUCUUGUGAGCCCGUUUUCAGUGGAUGAACUCAAAGCCCAUACCGAAGCGUUGUUCAAAUGGCAGCUGAUAAACUUCCUUAUUGGAGACUUGUCGAGCAAGACUGUUGGAGUUCUAAGCUUCAACAGUAGAAUGGGUUCAGAGGUAUCGUUUGAAAAGCGCGUCCUUGAUCAAAGUGUCACGGAUUUGACAACGAUUGCUGGCAUUUCCCAUGCUGUCGUUACCUCCAAUUUCUUCAGAAAAGGAGAUAUUCUCCCACUCAAUACUUAUUUGAAGGCUAUUUCUUCACCGAGAAAAGCGGUCAUAGAGAGUCCUUGUGGACCCAAAGGUGUCAAAAAGCGGUUCAAAGGCUUGCGAGGAGUAAAGUGGAUUGUCGGUACAGGUGACAUCGAAAAAUGCCGUAGCAUAAUUCGUCGUGUUCUUCUAUCCAUCUGUGAUAAGAUCAAUGGCUGUGCAUAUCUUAAAGAGCCUAUCAAGGGUAAAAUCAUUGGUUAUCCAGAUGUUGGAGAAACGAUGAAACAGCUGGGAUACGAUAGCUGCGCAGAGCAUUUAACUCCCGCCAAGCUGGAUGCAGCGAUCAGACGCGUUUGUGGCGGGAACGGUAAAGCUGCUAAAGGCGGGAAAAGUAGUCCACGUGUGAUAUUCAAUUGCGUUAAUGGCAACUUUUUAUACCUCAUGUUGACCAAGGGGUAUAAAAUGAAAGAUAGUACAAGCAUUGAAAUCAAGAACGAAAUAGCAGGACUGAAGGUUGAUACAAGUCUUGGCGAACUGUUGAUGAAGAUGAAACUACUAGAUUAAGAAGAUAUGGUAUCUGUUUUACAUUGAACAAUGGCAUUGAAAAACGAUAAUCAAGACUUCCACCAUAUGCAACUUUGUUUUUUUUGGUCAUCGGAUAUAUCAUCGUAGAUAUACUGAGGCUAUCAUUGACAGUGUUAACGUUAGAAUCGGUUCGAAGAUUUCGAUGAUUUUGGUUAUGACAACAACAACUUUAUUUGUACAUGAAUACAAUCAGUUUACAAUAUUAUAGUUAAAAUUAAAUUAUAUUAUA